AUGCUAGGCCUGCUUGCUGCUGUGGAAAGCCAUCUUCCCAACUUCAGCUGUGGGAAGAGGAAGAACCUGCUGGCCAUUCUUGAAGGAAGUGAAUCAGACAUCUCCACUCUAAUUGCAGCCAUGUCCAGCAUCUACAAGAUUCCUCAGGUGGUGCCUCAUUCCAGGUGUGUGAAGAGCUGUCACCCCGGUUAUGCCAAGGAGACUCAGGAAGGGAAGCCACCCUGCUGCUACACUUGUGCCCUGUGUGCAGAAGGGACCAUCUCCACUCAGGAAGAUGGAGAGCAGUGCAGCAGGUGUCCUGACCAUCAGCACCCAAACAAGGACAGAGAUCACUGUGUCCCCAAGAGAAUUACCUUCCUCUCCUAUGAGGAACCUUUGGGGAUUCUCCUGGCUUUCUUUUCCCUAAUUUGUCUUUUAAGCUCAGGCCUUAUACUUGGAAUCUUCAUUAUAUUCCGAGAAACUCCAAUCGUCAAAGCCAACAACAGGAACCUCUCCUACACUCUCCUCGUUUCCCUUCUGCUUUCCUUCUUGUCUUCCUUCCUGUUCAUUGGCCAGCCGAGCAAAGCAACUUGUCUGCUCCGUCAAACAGCCUUUAGCAUCCUCUUCUCAGUUGCCACCUCAAGUGUGUUAGCCAAAACCAUCACUGUGGUGCUGGCCUUUCUGGCCACCAAGCCAGGGAACAGAGUGCAGAGAUGGCUGGGACAGAGUUUGGCCACCUCCAUUGUCAUUUCCUGUUCCACUGUGCAACUGGUAAUCUGCUGCAUCUGGCUGGGCAUGGCUCCACCCUUUCCAGAUGCUGACAUGCACUCCCAGCCUGGACAGAUCCUCUUGCAGUGCAAUGAGGGGUCUGUCACAAUGUUCUACACUGCCUUGUGCUACAUGGGCUUGCUGGCCGCCCUGUGCUUCACAGUGGCCUUCCUGGCCAGGAAUCUUCCUGGAGCCUUCAACGAAGCCAAGCUGAUCACCUUCAGCAUGCUGGUCUUCUGCAAUGUCUGGAUGUCCUUUGUGCCCUCCUACCUGAGCACCACGGGGAAGUACAUGGUGGCUGUGCAGAUCUUCUCCAUCCUGGCCUCCAGUGCUGGGCUACUGGCCUGCAUCUUUCUUCCCAAGUGCUACAUCAUUAUCCUGAGGCCUGAUCUGAAUACGAAGGAACAUCUCAUGACCAAAAGCAAAGAUACCAUCUGA